GGGGCGCCUGGAUAAGAGCGCGGCGGGAGGCUGGCCGGGGCCAGCGCCGUUGGGGGCGGUGACCCUGAGAUGUUGUUAGUGUUGCUGAGCUUGGUCGCGCUGAGUUGGGGUGCGGUGUUCCCAGAGCCGCACAGCAUAUAACAUAAAAGCAUAGUGGUUAUCUGGUGAUGGUUAUGGAGAGAGAAACCCCAUUCAUGUGCCCUGAUGUCUUCAGCCAGCGAGGAUCCUUGCUGCACUGCUGUCUCAAUUUGGCACCUCCUCGGCCUUUCCCACUAGAGAACAAAUUCAUUGCCUUUGCAGUGGUUGCUGUCAGGCCAACAGUUUGAACUCUAAAGUUUAGAGCUGUUGCUUUGCUUCUUCCUGCAACCUGUAUUAUCAGCCUUUUGACAGAACUCAGCUCCGGUUUUGGUGGCUUAUUUGUCUUUAAAAAUGCCUCAUGAUAUCGUCCCUUGGAGUUCAGCUUCAAAAAGACAAAGGCGAUUCAGUGUGGCUCUGAAAAUGGACCAUCUCCAGAGUGGAUGGUCAACCACACUCUGACCCCAGGAGACUUGAGGGACCUUCGAGUGGAAUCUGUUAAAACCAGUGUUGCAACGGAGGACUAUUCAAUUUUGAUGAACAUAAGCUGGAUACUCCGGGCAGAUGCCAGCAUCCGUUUGUUGAAGGCCACCAAGAUCUGUGUGACAGGCAAAAACAACUUGCAGUCCUACAGCUGUGUGAGGUGCAAUUACACAGAGGCCUUCCAGACUCAGACCAGACCCUCUGGUGGAAAAUGGAUGUUUUCCUACGUUGGCUUUCCCAUAGAGUUGAACACACUCUACUUCAUCGGGGCCCAUAAUAUCCCCAAUGCAAAUAUGAAUGAAGACAGCCCCUCCUUGUCUGUGAAUUUCACCUCACCAGGCUGCCUAGACCACGUAAUGAAAUACAAAAAAAAGUGCAUUGAGGCAGGAAGUCUCUGGGACCCAAACAUCACUGCUUGUAAGAAGGACGAGAAGACAGUAGAAGUCAAUUUUACAACCAGUCCCCUUGGAAACAAAUACAUGGCUGUUAUCCAAAAUAACUUUUCAACUGCAAGUUCUUCGCUGGAGUUAUCUGCAUGGAGCAAACUAACUCGAACUUCUAUCAUGGUUCCAGUGACUGAGGACAGUGAAGGUGCUGUGGUCCAGUUGGUUCCGUAUUUCCAUACUUGUGGCUAUGACUGCAUCCGUCGCAAAGGAACUGUUGUGCUUUGCCCACAAACAGGUGGCUCCUUCCCUCCAGAUAACAGCAGACAUGUGCCAAGUGGCUGGCUCCCUCUCCUCCUCCUGGCUCUGCUGGUGGCCACAUGGGUGCUGGUGGUUGGGAUCUAUCUAACGUGGAAAUGUGAAAGGAACAGGACUUCCUUCCCUACCACCACGCUACUGCCCCUCAUUAAGGUUCUUGUGGUUUACCCAUCUGAAAUAUGUUUCCAGCACACGGUUUGUUACUUCACUGAAUUUCUUCAAAAUCAUUGCAGAACUGAGGUUAUCCUUGACAAGUGGCAGAAAAAGAAAAUAGCUGAGAUGGGUCCCGUGCACUGGCUUACCACUCAGAAGCAAGCAGCAGACAAAAUCAUUUUCCUUCUUUCCAAUGAUGUCAACACUGUAUGUGAUGGUACCUGUGGCAAGAGUGAGGGCAGCCCCUGUAAGAACUCCCAAGACCUGUUCCCCCUGGCCUUUAACCUCUUCUGCAGCGAUCUGAGAAGCCAGACUCAUGUGCACAAAUACAUAGUGGUCUAUUUUCAAGAGGCUGAUACCAAAGACGAUUACCACGCUCUCAACGUCUGCCCCAAGUACCGCCUCAUGAAGGAAGCUACCGCUUUCUGCACAGAACUUCUCCAUGCUGAGCAGCACAGGUCAGCACGAAAAAGGCUGCGAGCCUGCCACAACAGCUGCUCCUUUGUGUAGCCCUCCCAUUAGAAAUGAGAACUUGAAGGCUUCCUACCCCUCCAAUUAGAAAAAGCUUCUGUGAUGAUUGUGAAGUUUAUUGUAUGGGUGACUUGUAGGGAAGAUUUUAUAUAUACCUGCAUUAGCAAAAGGAAUAGGGAGGACUCAUAACAAGAUACGUACUUUAGUCUAGCAAUUAAACUUUCAUGCCAAUACUUAAAAUAUUACUGGCUACUGUAGUAUUAACUAAAGAAUGGAAACUAAAUUUAUAGUUACAAAGCUAAAUCACUUUCAUAACUAAAAAUCAAGAAUAGUUAUAAUGUAAAACUGUAACCAUCCUGACAAUGCAGUGAGAAAGCAUCUUCCAACUCAAUGUGUGGUCUUGAAUUGUCCGUGCCUUGCCUUGGAGGUAGAAUUGUUUACUUCUGUAACAUUCUAAGUUUAAUGAAUGCCAAAUUUCGUAAGCCCUUGUUAAUUCACUCAAUAACUUCUUAGGUAAAAACCCUGUUACACACGUCUUUAUUUUUAAUAUAAAAAUAUAACCCAUCUUUGCUCAUCAGAUGACCUAGUAUAUGUGUAACCACUUGUAUUAUUUGGUGUUUUUGUAAGACCAUCCCUCUCUGAACUAGGUUAAUGUCCUAUCUGCUUGUUGUACAGGUAACUUUAACAUGAACACCAAUACACAUGUGGACCUGUUGUCUACUUCUGCCCACUUAGCUGUUAGAGGUUAUUGUCAUAGUUCAGAGUUUUUUGGUUAUUACAUUAACUUUUUGGGUUUAGAAACAAAAAUUCCUAUUAUGUUGGAGGAUAGCUCUCAAAGUAGUUUUAUAAAUGAGUUAUUAUAAUGGCUAACUUAAGUAAAAAAAAAAAAAAAAAAAAAACAACUACCACAGACUUACAGAACACAAGAGUUACUGUGGUAUUUUGAGCCUUCUAACUUUUUUAUUUUCCUAAAAGCAUCUUUUUCUUAUUUUAGGUUACCAAAAGGUUAUAUGUAUUAACACAUGUGUUUUUCUAAGAAUGCCUGUUUUUUCACACAAUGUAAUACUGAAUAUGCUCUAGAAUGUGAACCAGUUCCAAGUAGAUGACUGCUAAAAUGUAUCUGUAGAUUAUUUUUAAAGGGUCAUGCCACUCCUAAUACAUGUCCUAAGCAUAAAAUAAAAGCCAAAAUAACUACGCAUAGAAUGAAACCUCACCACGUCCUGCUUUACCAGCAGAUACUUAGCAAUCACUCAGGCAAUAUGUUUAAUGUGGUAAAGGUCACACAUUUGUCAAGAUCAGUCCUCAUGGUGCUUAAAAGUGCUGGUAAUAGAAGAUGAACAUGGCUUAUAUCAAAACUUAGGCCAGAAGCCACUUCCUCUGAAUCAACAUCUACCAGUUAUAACAGCAAUAUGCUAUUACACGGAAAACUAUUAAAAACAGAAAUACAUUAUGUUUUUGAAACUAGGUAGCCAACACUACAUUGUGUUGAAACAGCUCAGAAACAUAUAUAAAAUCAAUAUUGUAUAAAUUUAUUAUGGAAAAUUUCUUAAAGAAUAUACAAUUUUCAAAUUGAAGACAUACAUUCCAAAUAGUAGCAGCAAGUUAAAUUUUGUUAUAUUGGUGGACUCUCCCUUGUUCCUAACCUACUAGGUGGAUACAUAGGAUACUCUUAUUAAAGCAAAAUGCUUCACUACCAGCAUUGCUCCCUGUCCUAAGACUUCUUACCAUUCUUACUCUAUAUCCCACACUUAUCCCCUCCCCUUAAUUGCUCCUAUGUUUGUCUUUUUCCCAGUCCCACCUCCAGUUCUUGACAGAGAGAAAGGAAGCAGGCGCAAGAGCCUGGAAGAAAUCAGGUAUCCCCUAAUCCCCCCAGGUCUCUGAGCCCUCAGGCUGUGCUCCUGUCUCCAGACAAGGCCUUCUCUUCCUUAGGCCAGGGGCUCAGAAGGCUUCAGUAAGGCAGUAAUAACUCUGUUUUUACUGUUUGCUUGAUUGCUCACAGAUCAAGGUCAAUCAAUCAUACUGAACACAAAGAACUCCAAAUACUGCCCCUGGGUUCUUCAGGUAAAGGAAAACUGGGGGUGGGGUGAGGGGUGCUUUAUGAUUAAGUCAGUAGUAACUGCAACUAUUGCCUUGCUUAUCUGUACAACACAUACUAACAACUCUCAAUUAUUCCUAAAUCAUUUGUUUGGCUUUAGGAAGGAAACAAAUUUUCCUUUUCUGCUUUGGUCAAGUAAUGACUAUUUUCUUUUCCCAAGGCUAUCCUCAGGCAUGUUGGGUAAUGAAAGCCAGCCUAGCCUUAAACCUCUGCCUUGAUAAAUCUAGACCUGAAUGGGCCCCCAUAGUUUUUGUAAUCCAACAGAAAAUU